AAAAAAUCCUUAGUACUUGGUUACUUAGGAGUAAGCACAGUUCAGUUCAAUGGGGUUACUCUUAAGUAAGUAGGCGCAAGCGCGCAGCCCUAAAAGGAAGAACAAAUCAUGCAGAAAUUCUUCCAUCUGUCUCUCGCUUCAGUUUCAGAACGAUUUAAAAUAGGCAUCCGCGAGAGGCCACCCUGUGCGCAAGCUCAGCUUUCAAACCAGCCCUUUUGAAGAGGGCAACAAACCACUGUUCGGACGCACGUACAGUUACGAGCGCGGGAGCCAAGGUAGCCACGUCAAAAUCUGAACUGCCCCUCCUAUUGGACACGGCGAGCAGAGACGUGCCGCACCCAAACCACCGCGGGGCGUGACCAAUAGCAAAGCACGGAGCGGCGCUCUCGCGAGAGUUGCUCUGAAGCUGGCAGCGCCAUGUUGAAGUAGGGAGAGGCCACAUCCAGCUUAUGUCGUUCUUCGGGUUUUUUAAAUUUUAAAAAAGGGACGCGGAGGCCUCGGGGAGGUAUUUGGAUCUUCGCGACCUUUUAAGUGUGUUUUCGAGCUCCCGAAAAAAAAAUUUACGACGGUCGAAGGAGAGCGGCAGCGAGAGGAUGGUGCAGUCUUGCUCUGCCUACCGUUGCCGGAAUCGAUACGACAAAGAGAAGCCCAUCUCCUUCCACAAGUUUCCCCUCACAAGGCCUGAUCUCUGUAAGAAAUGGGAAGCUGCGGUUAGAAGGAAAAAUUUCAAACCAACAAAGUAUAGCAGCAUUUGUUCUGAACAUUUUACUCCAGAUUGCUUCAAAAGAGAAUGCAACAACAAGCUACUAAAAGACAACGCUGUGCCAACAAUAUUUUGCCAUACAGAACCAAAUGUGAAGUCUGAAGGCACUCAAGAACCACUUGAAGUACCAUCUCCCCCUUCUCCUUCACCUCCUCCACCACCACCACCUCAAACUGAUCCAAGACUAGUAGACCCCAGCAUUGGAUUGUUAAUGCCCCCGCUUCACACUCCCAAUAAUAUUGCUGUUUUUUGUGAUCACAACUAUACUGUAGAGGAUACAGUACACCAGAGAAAAAGAAUUCAGCAGCUGGAAGAGCAGGUGGAUAAGCUGAGGAAGAAGCUUAAGACUGCACAGCAGCGAUGUAGACGUCAGGAGAAACAGAUUGAAAAACUGAGAGAGCUUGUUCAGUUUCAGAAGGAAAAAGACGUCAUCCCUGGCAAAGGUGGCUAUGUGAUUCUGCCUAAUGACUAUUUUGAAAUUGUGGAAGUACCUGCCUAGAAGGCUUAUGUCUAUAUUUAUGGGGCACUGCCAAAUUGAGCCUCAUCAGACUAACUCAGAAGUUCAUUUUAAAAUGCAAUGCUUUCUAGUUCUGUGUAGAAGAUACUUCAGCCCUUGAGCAUAUUAAAAAAUUGCUAUAUAAGAA